AUGGCAGCGCCGCCUUCUGAAACACCUUCUCGCAUCGUCCGGCGCACUUCCCUCUCGACCUCCAAACCUCGGACUGGUUCCGUCUCGACCGUCACCCCGCUCUCUGUUUCGACUUCUGCACGUCCUGGGAGCAUCAGUCGCACGAACUCUACCGGUCCCACGAGCUUCAAUGCUGCGAAUAAACUCAGCUUGGAUACCAAGACUGGCAGUACCAGUGGAGCGCGCUCGCCGAGCGUCAGCGUCGCGAACAGGCGGCUGAGCGCGAUUCCCACCACUGGAUCGACGACCGGCUCGCGCUCGCCUAACAAGCGCAUGUCCAUGCCCACAGGCGUGGGGUCACCCUCCCCUGCCCCGCGCAUCUCGUCAUCAGCUUCGACGGCCUCCGCUUCAUUAUCGAGUAAUAGGCGGCACACCCUGCUCGUGCCUUCUCGCUCGAACUCAAACUCUACCUCGAACUCGCUUUCUACUUCCUCUACGGCGUCUUCGGCAUCUUCGCUGCGUUCGGCAUUUUCUAUGAAGGAUCUGGAGAGGGAGAGAGAGGAAGAUGUCGAACCGCCCAGUCCGGUCACUGCUGUACCGAUUGCGCCGGCCACACCCCGCGCACGCGUUCGGUCACUUGGCCCUAUGGCCUCACCUUCGAACCGUCUCGGUAUCAAGGGCAGCCCGUCGACUACCGCAAAGGUCAAGGGCAGUCCGGCUGCUGCGAAGGGAAGCCCAGCUGCUGCGAAGGGCAGCCCGGCUGCGAAGAACAUGCCCAGUGGCCCGAGCUUCAAGCUCACGACGCCCUCCCCUCAAGCGAAGAAACGCGCGAGCACCUCUCCAUCACUCGUCGCACACGCAUCACCAGGUCAGAACGCUACGCCGCGCAAGUCCAGCGCCGGCUCUAUCGGUGUAGGGGCUUCACCGCAUAAGACACCUGGCAGCGGGCGGAAGAGCAAAGGCAGCGGCGCGAGUGCGAUCGCGUUCCCUGGCGACGACGAGGACGCGGAUAUGACCAUGACGCUUGGGAGUAGUGUUAUGAGUGGGAUGGACGGGAGUAUAUGGGGUGGUGGGGAUCAUUCUACGACGGUGCUUGAGGGUUGUACUGUGGAAGGCGGCGAGGUAGACGAUGAGGCGCUCGCGAUCUAUACAGUUGGUGCCAAGCGCCCACGCUGCCCUCCCCAUAUCGCGUUCGGCCCGCAGUGCACGUUAUCGCAUGCCCAAAUCCAUCGUGGCCUUGUCAUCCCGUCCCAGUGUUGCCUCCAAAGUCCUGCGUGA